UCCCUUGUUAAUGACUCUCUGUCCCUUGUUAAUGACUCUCUGUGCCCUGUGUUAUUGACUCUCUGUGCCCUGUGUUGACCCUGUCAGGUCUGUCUGGGCUCUUUGACACGGGGCUCCAUCACCCCAGCUCUGCGGCCCCUGACGCGUCAGUGAUGAACCUCAUCUCCGCCCUGGAGUCUCGGGGUCCCCAGCCGGGCCCCUCUGCGUCCUCCUUGCUCUCCCAGUUCAGGACGCCCUCCUGGCAGACAGCGAUGCACACUCCAGCCCCGGCAGAGCUCUUCAUCUCCGGCGCGCUCCCGGGCUCCGGCACCUUCCCCACCUCCUCCGCGCUGUCCGCCUACCAGCACCCCGCCUCCUUCUCGGGGCGCGGCUUCGCCGGCGUGGCCCCGUCCCUGUCCCUGCAGGACACCCCCACCUUCAGCCCCACCUCCAACGGGCUGCUGUCGCCCCACGACCCGCUGCUGCACAUCAAGACGCCGCCCCAGCCCUCCGGCCUCGGGUUCGACCGCCUUCCCCGGGCGGGGGGGUACCCCGACGCCCGGGGCGGCCCCGCGCCCUACCACGCCCCCAAGCCCAAGCCCGAGCCCGACAUGCUGGGCGUGGAGCGGCCCCCCGAGGAGGAGGAGGAGGACGACGACGACUUCCUCAUCCAGCACCUGCUGCAGGCGCAGAGCCCCGCGCCCCAGCCCGCGCCCCCCGCCCCGGCCCCCGAGGGCCCCAAGGGCCUGGCCUACGAGCUGGGCAAGAGCUCGGAGGAGCGCUACCACCUGCAGAGCGUCAUCCGCACCAACAGCGCCACGGCGGGCGGCGGGGCCGCGGGCAGCCUGGAGAGCCAGCUGGAGCUGUCGCUGAAGAAGCAGAAGGGCGACCGGGCCGGGGGCGCCGCCAGGGACCCCCACGGCCACGGCCUGCCCCACCCCCACCCCCAGCACCACCACGACUCGCUGGGCUCCGUGGUGCACUACAGCCGGGGAGACCCCUACGCCCACCCCCUCCCGCACCCGCACGCGCACCCCCACGCGCAGCACCACCCCCACGGCGACCUCAAGAAGCCCCCCGAUCAGGCGGACCUGCCCUACCUGCGCAAGACCCCCGACCAGCAGUCCCAGCAGUCCCAGCAUUCCCAGCAGCAGCAGCAGCAGCAGCAGCAGCAGCAGACGCCCCACACGCCCCUGAACCUCCUGGACUCCCCCCCCGAGCAGCAGCCCCCCGCCCCGGCCCACCUGCUGCAGUCGGUGCUGUCCCACACGGCGCGCAAGCCCCUGGAGCCCCCGUCUGCGCAGACGCCGGGCGACGGCCCGUCCUCGCAGCUGCAGCUGCAGCUGCAGUCGCAGUCGCAGGCGCUGGAGUCCUCUCUCACUCCUGUCUCACUACCCUCUGACUCUGUCUCACCCUCCUGUUUGAGUCUCACUCCUUUCUGUGUCUCACUCUGCCUCACUCCGCCUCUCCCCCCUCUCACCCCUCUCCCGCUCUCUGUCGCCCCCUGCCAGCUGGCUCUGCAGACGGGCCGGGAGCCACCCCCUAUCUGGCGCGUGCAGAAGGCUCUGCUGCAGAAGUUCACCCCCGAGAUCAAGGACGGGCAGAGGCAGUUCUGCGCCACCAGCAACUACCUGGGCUACUUCGGAGACGCCAAGAACCGCUACCAGCGCCUCUACGUCAAGUUCCUCGAGAACGUCAACAAGAAGGACUACGUGCGGGUCUGCUCGCGGAAGCCCUGGCACCGGCCCCUGCAGGCGCUCAGGUCCGCCCCCCCGCCGCCCGCAGGCGUCACACCCCUCGCCGGGACCCCCAGCCCGCACAGCGGGGGGGGGGGGGUGCCCAGGUCCGACAGUCCUGCCCCAGCAGUGCCCAGGUCCGACAGUCCUGCCCCAGUUGUGAUAGUCCUGCCCCAGCAGUGCCAGGCUCUGCUGUUCUGGGUCCAGAUGGGCUGGCAGUGCCCAGUGCUGGUACGCGGUGUGAACACACGAGCGAUGAGGGAGAUGUUCCGCAGUUAUGUGGAGAUGCUGGUCAGCACAGCCCUGGACCCCGACAUGAUCCAGGCUCUGGAGGACACGAACGGCCAGCGGGAUGCAGACAGGAUCCACUUCCAGGUCAGGAGGGACAGGAGGGAGGGACCUCUUCCAGGUCAGGAGAGACAGGAAGGAGGGACCACUUCCAGGUCAGGAGAGACAGGAGGGAGGGACUUCUUCCAGAUCAGGAGAGACAGGAAGGAGGCAGAACUGGGAGACAGAGGUCUCCUCCUCUGGCCCCUCUCUUCCGCACUGAGCCUGGAGGUGGUACAGAGAGUGUCUCACCCCUGGUUCCCAGGAAAUCCCCGGUGCUCUUCGGAUGGGUCCCGGUGGGCUGGCUCUGGGCUUGGGAGCUCGUCAGUUAUCCAGGGAAUCUCAUUUCCGUUUCCCAGCGCAGACGCCAGAGGCAGAGCUGGUGAUGAGCCUGUGUCCCAGAGAGCUCCGCUCUCCUGUCCUUCACUCUGCCUGUCUCUCUCUCCUCUGUCUCUCUCCUCUGUCUGUCUCUCUCUCCUCUCUCCUCUAUCCUCUGUCUCUCUCACUCAGUAUCACGGGGAUGGUCUGUCGUCUCUGGUCACCCAUUCACUCUGUCCUGUCUCUCCUCUCUCUCUGUCUGUCUCUCUCUCCUCUCUCGUCUCUCCUCUGUCUCUCUCUCACUCAGUACCAUGGGGAUGGUCUGUCCUCUCUGGUCACCCAUUCACUCUGUCCUGCACCCCCUCUUAUCUCCACCAGGAGGCACUCCACUCCUACCCUCAGAUGUCAGCUGACCCCCUGGACUCGGGGGCUGUGAGGGUGCGCCUGGGGGGGGAGUCCUACAACCGCAAGACCCUCAACAGAGUGAAGAGGAGUCUCCCCAAACAGCAGGAUUUCAAGCUGUCUACAGAAACCUGCAGGAUAUACAGCCUGUAUCACUCCCUCCAUCACUAUAAAUACCACACAUUCCUACACUGCAAGAGAGAGGUAACUCAGGCGGCGGAGGACCCCGGGCAGGAGGAGGUGGUGCAGCAGUGUAUGGCGAACCAGGGCUGGCUGGAGACGCUGUUCGACUCCUUCAUCGAGCUGCUGACCCUCAGCGCGCAGGCCUGAGGCCGCGGCCCAGACAGCGGGGGACGCCGGAAUCGAGGGGAGCCCCCUCCGAAAUCGAGGCUCGGGGGGCCGGGGAUGCAGCGACCCCGACAGCCGCCAGAGGCAGGGCGGAGAGAUGGACUGUCGCCCCCCAGUGGUGGGGGAAGGAAUGACGGGGAGGGUGGGGAGGGGAGGGAAAGGGGGCGCAGAGCCCGGGUCCACUCUGUGGGGCGCAGGAGAGAGAGGGGGGGACCGGGGGAGUCUGGGGGUCUCCAUGCUCCGGCCCCUCGCUGUGCCGAACGCCCUGUUGGAAGAGUUGUUUUUCUCCGUUGGAAGAGCACGGCGCUCUGUCCGGACCCGAGCGGGCCGAGCCGGGACACAGCGCGCCCUCGGCCUGCGUUCCCGACACUCCGACUUCCAGCGUGUAAAUACUGUACAGGCGCAGGCGGGGGCGCUCUGUCGACGCUGACCCCCGACCCCCGACCCCCGACCCCCGCGACUCUCUGGCCUCGGACCCGGCGGCGAAGACGGUCGCAGCGACGAAGGCCCCGCGCCCCUCCGGGCGGAGACGGUGGCUGGUUUGCAGACGCUUUUUUUAAAAAAAAAACGGAAAAAAAAAUUCCACUUGCCGACCGGACACAGGUCCAGUCUCCCCCACCUCAUCUCCGCCCCUCCCUCCUGCCCCCAUCCCUCCGGAAAAUAACAGAUUUUGUCUUUUUUUAUAAAUAUAUAUGAAAAAAGCAAUUUGAAAAUAUUCCUAAAAACUUUACUUUUCGAGAUCACCCCAGCCAUCUGUGAGUGUGAACUGUUGUUACAAUUUUUUCACCCCGUGUUGCUGUACGAUUGUGUUCUGAUUAUUAUUAUUAAUAUUAUUAUAAUAUAUAUAUUUCUAUUUUUUAUUGUUUUAGUGUCGGAUAAUGUUUUAUUUUAUUAUUUGUUUUUUUUUUUUGGUUCUUUUCUGAAUAUGUAAAACUCAAGCUGUAUAGUGUGUACACAAACUGAUUAAAAUGGAAAAAAACUUUCUUUGCAAAAAAGAGAAAAGGAA